AAAAAUGCAAAAUUUUAUUUUGUAAUAAAUAAAAACAAGAUAUCGCACCUUUUGCGAGAUUCUACGAGAUGUAAACAUUGUAGCUCGAGCGGUCGCAUGUCAAAAGCUCUGUGGACAAGAUACGAUGUUUCAGAGUAACUUUCAAGGUGACAGAUCUGAACCUGGAGAUGUGCCUGUUGAGGAUCAUAUUGAUUUGUGUACACAUCAUGUAGUAUCAGAAAUAUUAUUCCUGAUUAUUGAAGACCUUCCAGUGUUCAGACUGAAAAAUUCUAUGGAGGAUGGAAAUUUCAUGAAUAAAGGGAACAUAAAUGUAGAGAAUGAAGGACUCUGUGGAGAACUUUCUUCCGACAGCACAGAUAUUAAACAUUUUAAAGAUAGAAAUAUUUUGCAAUACAGUAAACUUGUGAAUGAUGAAGAUAUUAUGGAGGGAAAUGAUGACUAUGAUCUCAGUCAUUGUGAAAUUCAAGAUUCUAUUGAGAAUCAGCAAGAGGUUAGUAGUAAAACAUAUGGAGACAUGACCAACAGCUGUAUAAAGGAACAGUUGUUGUUUGCAUUGCACCUAAGUCCAGUUUGUAAAGAUACUUCUAAGGAGCUUGAUGUUAAAGAUGGAAAUGUUACAGAAAAGAAGAAAGAAAGUGUGCACUUUAAUUCACCUGUUGCUGUUGUCUACGAAUUCAGUGAAGCUGUAUCUGAUGAUAGCACAGAGAUUUUAUCAGAUUCCGAUUAUGAGGAUUUUCAGCUGUCACAGACUAAACAUGUUGAUAAUCUCGAAUCACAAAAUAAUGAAGUUAACUUAAGGAUAAUAGACACUGAACCAGAUAUUGACAGGCUAUUGAAUUCUAGCGAGAAUAGUUUUGAAGGGUGCUUGAAAGAUUGCAUUAUGACUCCAGGAGGAGAUUGCUUUAAUAAUAGACUGUCUGAGAAUAUUGUCCCUUUUGAACAGUCUGUUGAAAUAAUAGAUAAAACAAACAAGGACAAUGUUAAUGAUAAAAGCCAAAGCAUAUUGUCUAGUCCCAGUCAUAAUUUUAAGGGUAGUGAAUUUUGUACAAAAGAGAAAACUGAACAUUUACAAAAAGGGGGCAUGGAAAGUGAUCAAAGUGGGAAUGACAAAGUAUCAUGCUCUCCUGCUGCAGAUGGAGACAGUGUAACAUUGUCAAAGGAUAUGAAAUCUGGAGAUAAUAAUCCAGACAAACAUGAAACAAAGGAAUCUGCUGUGGACUCAUUUUUGCUUGAUAAGUCAGUGGUUUUAUCAAGUUCUCCAGAAGGUGAUGGUAUACUUAGUAAUUUACAAACUAUUGAAAAUACUUGCACAAAAUAUGAUAAUGAUAUCAACGAGGUAUUUACAAAAUUUCCUUUAGUACAAAAACAGCAUGAUGUUGAUAGUUCACAAGAUCUUUUCAUUAAUUUUGAACAGGAAAAUGCUACGGAAGCAGGAGCCAGUUAUAAAUCAGAAAAAGACUCAACCAAAGGCAACAGUCAGCAGAACUCAUUUAUUCAGACACACUCAGUUUCAUGUAAUGACAGCAGUCAUAACUCUGAGACUAACAGGAAUGAAGAAUUUAUAGGUACUAUUGUUGAAUUAAAAGAAGAAUUGAUACAACCCAGUCAACAAAAUGAAAGUCAAAGCAAUGUAAAUGAUGUAGAUGUAAAAAAGGAGAACAAAGAAAAUGUCUUUUGUCAUGUAGGAAAAAGAGAACAAUCAAGCCCAGAACUUAACAGCUCACAUAUUUCAAAGAAAAAGAAAUCAGAUGUAGAAGAUGAAUCAACAGUUCAAACAAGGAAGAGGAAGCUUUUCAAAGUUGGACUAGAUGAAAAUGGAAGUGUAAAAUUGCUGAGAUUGGAUACUAAUCUCAUUGAAUCUGGUGAUAUUAAGGUACCGAAGUUGUUGAAACAGUUAGCUUCAGAUGUAAUAGCUACGUUAGAUGAAACUGUAAUUUGGGACUCCACAGAAAAACAGGCAGAAAAGCAAAAAGAUCUUUAUAAGGAACAUGACGACAUUACUGCACAGAGUUGUGUUACAAGUGAAGACACAUCAAGUGACACAGAAAGCAUAAAUGAUGACUUCAAAAAUUUAAUGCCAACAGAUAGUGAAUUUGUAGACUUUAAUCUGGAAAAACAAGAGGAAAUUAGUGAAGAUCAUUUGUUGUCCAGUCAGCAUGCUGAAGAAUUACAACUUGCUGAAUCUGAAACUAAAAAUGCUUUUGAUUCUGAAAAUGAUCAAAAUAUAUUAUUAUUGACUAGUACAUCAGAACACUUAAACUAUUAUCAAGAUAUAGAAUCACCUCAGGCAGAAACUUCUGAUGUAUGUGACGCAAGUAAGAGUGAAGCUAUUAAAAGUCCUUGUGAAUCUGAAAAUGAUCAAAAUACAUCACAGAUCUCUAUUAAAACAUUAGAACACAUCGACUGUUACCAGAAUACAGAAGUACCUCAUACAGAAUCUUCGGAAGUAUAUGACGAGAGCCAAAGUGAAGAACAUGUCACAUCUGGCCAAAAUAUACUUAAAAGUCCAGGAUUUAUUUCUGCAACAGAAUUACUUUCACAGAGCUCUCAGGAUAGUGCCAGUACUGGGUUUACUAUUCACGCAGAAGAUCUUUCUUGUAGUCAAGAUUCAUGUGAAAAAAACACUUUUUACAAUUCUGAGAUAAGACAGUCUGAUACAGUUGGAGAAUUGUUGAAAGAAUCUAGUCUUACUAUUGAGAAAGUAGGACUUUUCAAAGAAGAGUUUCAACAUGUAUAUGGGACAACCCAAACCUAUAAAACGAAGCUUGUUGUUGAAAUCACUGAGGAUGGUCUAAAGGAAGAAAAACUGGAGGAUUCUGACAUUGGUAUAACAUUGUCUGGUGAUCUGAAGAGAAAUGUAGAAUUGGUAGGUUGUAGUCAUAGAAAUGCAACAGACCAAGAUGAACAAAUAGAUACUGACGAAUUGGACAUGUAUGUUGACAAUGCAGUAGACCAGAUAGUUCCAGAUGAAUGUGCUGAAAAAACAGGUGGAACUAUGGAGACAGAUAGAGAACAGACACUGGAUAUAAAAGAUAAAGAUCAGAAACCAAAGUUGUAUGCCUGUGACCUAGACCUUUGCAAUGAACAAGAUGAUCAUUCAUGGAAACCAAUUAAUAAAUCUGAAAAGUCAUAUGAAAGAUGUUUUAACUGGAAGUACAGACCAUCAUGUGAUCUCGAUAGUGAUGUUCAUUUACCAGAACUACCAGAUGAGGACCAUGUAGUCAUGAUAACUCCACUAAAAACAUGUGGUAAACCAUUAAGACUUGGUCUUUCUAAACGGCAACCUGUGAAAAAUAGUCUUCAUAAACUUGGAAUAAGGAAAUGAUAUUGAGAAUACUGUUUUAGAAAUAAUACCUAAGGAAAUAAAAUAGGAAUGUUCUUGACUGAUGUACAUGUAAGAGUGUUGUGUUUAAGGGACAGAACUGUUAGCAAUGUGGUGAGGAAAUUCAACAGAGUUGCCCCCCAGUGUACUGACAUAAAAUUAUCAUGUUAUUUCAAUGUAUGUUCAUUAUAUAUAUUGCAAAUAUUACCUUACUCCUCAGUUGAAAAUCAGGGAUUGUUAAUGUUCAAUGUUUAUCAAUUUCUUCACUGUGUUAGAAACGUUUAAUGUGUUGCUUGUUCACUUUGGACAACAGUGUUUGUUAUUUACUAAUAUCUUUCCUUAAAAUAAGGUGUAUGAAAGUAAUUGUUUCAGUUUUAUAGAAGUUGAAUAUGUUGCCAUUUUUAAAUUUUUGCCAAGCAGAACUGUGAUAGUUAAAAAAUGAUUUUCAGAUUUUCAUGAAGGUAUAAUUUACCUGUUCUGUAACAAGUUUGUUUGUUUGUUUUCCUUCAUAUGUAAGAUACCAAUUGGUAUUAAACAUAGAAUUGUAAAUCCAUGUGCUUGUGACUGCUGAAGAAAUAGAGAAUACAUUAUCAUACAGGAAAUUGCUGAGAGUUCACAUAGGUCCACUACCUUAAUAUUUCCAUUAGUUUUGAAUUUUUCUGCAAAAAAAUAUUUUGAUAGUUUUUUUUCCGUUGUAAACUUCAGCCAUUUUUUGUUCUGAAAAUUUGAGAGCAUUUGCAGCUGGAUCUGGAUGAAACUUGUAGAAAAUUUGCAUUAAAGCAACAUACAUCAUAUGUAAACUUUUGUAAGAAUUUGAAAAAAAAAAAGUUCUCAUGGGUUAAACAUUUUCACUUGUAGCAUUUGCCCAAAUUUUCCUGUUUGCAACAUUAACCACUGAUAUAAAGUGACUCAUAGAACGGAUGCUCAUACAUUUUUGAAGCAUCCUUUUUUACGUGAGCCUUCUCAAGUGAUCAUUUUAAGGCCACAUUUUCUUUUUCGUUUUUCACUCACAGGUAGUCGUAGGAAAUGUAUUUGCCCAUUGAAAAGGUGUCUGUGUGUAAAUCAUAUCGAUAUAUUCAUAUUGAUUCAAACUUCUAUAUACAAAUGUAGCAUCAAAGCUAUCUGUGAUAUAUUUUGUUUCUGUGUUUUGAAUUGUUCAAGUUUAUCGUUGUUUUAAUGUUGUAUCAAAUAGUUUUACUUUAUUGUUUUGUUUUAAAAGAACUGUACUUUUCCGUUGUUUUAUUUUAGAAUAAAAUCAUUGUUAUUUUGUA